AUGGACGCCACCAAACAGCACUCGUGCAACGAAUGUCGCCGGCGCAAGCUGCGCUGCUCGCGCGACCUGCCCACGUGUGUCUCGUGCUCCAAGUUCAACAGACACUGUCUCUACAACAGACACAGCCAUAGUCCGCUCACUCGCAAGCAUCUGACCCAGGUGGAGGAAGAGUUGCGGGUCGCGACAGAGCUUCUGCGCGCGCUGUCGCCCGAGCUGGACAUCCACUCCAUCCUGGCGAACGUCAAGAACGGGUUUUCCGUGUGGGAGAUCCCGGAACUCGGCCGUCUGAGACAGAACAGACAGGACCCGAUCGUGUCGGAUAAAAACUUCCAGGUGCCGCAGCUGUUGCCCGUUGCCGUGAGUGAGGACUACAAGAGCACGAGCGAGAACCCGAGACCCGUUUACUCGUGGGAUGAGCGGGACCACAAGGCGAUAGACGGCAUGGCCAUCACCGAUAGAAGCGGGUAUCUGGGGUCGCACUCGAGCGUGGCGGUGAUCAGUCUUGUGUUUGGGGGCUACUCGUGGGGCGGCACGCUGCGCAGCCCUGUGCGGCGGGACAACCGAUCUGUGUCCGGCGCCCAGGUCGAGCACUAUCUGAACCGCUACUUCGAGACCUACCACGUCUCGUAUCCGAUCGUUUACCGGCCGCUGUUCUGGGCGCAGUACAACCAGAUCGUGCCGCGGCCCGAGAUCGGCUGGGACAGUCUGAUGUACACGAUGGCGGCGAUCGGCGCGUUCAUGGGGUCCACCGACCCAGACAACCAGGACGACCUGGUGCUGAUCGACAAGGCCAAGUCGCACCUGAAUUUCGAGCUGCUCGAGACCGGCAGCAUCAGCUUGGUGCAGACGCUCGCGCUGCUCUCGAACUAUCUCCAGAAAAGAGACAAACCCAACUCGGGAUACAACUACCUCGGUUUGGCGGUACGCAUGGCCAUGGGACUCGGGCUGCACAAACAGACCGACUGCUCGGACAACCUGCUGGAGCAGGAAAUCGGCCGGCGGAUCUGGUGGUGCAUCUACGUGUUUGACUGCGGCCAGACCAUCACGUUUGGCCGUCCGUUGGGGAUCCCCUGUGCCGGCAUCGACGCACGGCUGCCGCUGAAUAUCAGCGACACAGAGCUGACGGCAGCGUCAGAGUGCCUGCCGAGCGAGGUCCAGGAACCGACAAUCUACACGAGCGUGCGGCUGCAGAGCCUGUUCCAUCUGCUCACCAACUGCAUCUACGAGCGCAUCACCUCGGACCCGUUCCCGUCCGCGAAAGAGCUGCUCGAAUGGGACACGCGGUUCAUAGGGCGCUGGAAGAGCCUCGUGCCAGACUACUUCCAGCAGGACAGGGAGGUGUCGCAGCCGUUCACGCUCGCACACCACGUGCUGCACUGGAGACGGAAAAACCUGCAGAUCAUUAUGUACAGAACAAGUCUGCUGAAGAAAGUGUUUCGCCGUCCGGGCGACGAGCCGCUGUGCAAGGAGGAAGAGGAGGCCGCGGAGAAGUGUCUGCGCAAAUGCUCUUCGACCAUCCAGAGCAUGGCUGCGCUGUGGCAGCGCAAAGAGACCACCAGCAGGAUGGAGGCAUGGUACACGGUUUUCUUCCUGGUUCCCGCAUUGCUCAUGCCUCUUGUGUGUCUGCGGAACGACCCGCUGGCGGCACAGGCAGAGCAAUGGAAACGGGACAUUUUGACGGCAGAGCAGGUCCUCCAGAGACUGCUGCACAUCUGUCCGAUAGCUACCAAAAUACUGGAGCUCAGCAAGUCUCUGGGAGCAGACUACGUAGCCUCUGCCGACGCGGCAGCCGACUUGCUUGCCAGCGCCGGAACCGACGAGAGCCCGAUGUCGCAGCUGACGCACCUGCACUCGGUGCUGUGGCCGUUGUCGUUUGACAUUGAGCAGCAGUUUCUGUAG